AUGGCGGCGGUACUGCCAAGACGGAGCAGCCGCUCGGCUUAAUCGAUCAUUUUCUCUAAAUCACCGGGGCAGAUCGGAUUCAGACCGACCAAAUCGCUCGGCACAACGGUGUUAAAUCACCCGCAGCCUGUGAUAUCCAACGUGAGAUCCUGUCGCGUUAAACCCGGUGUUUUUUUCACGGAAAUGCUCUUACUCUAGUUUGUGUCUCGUCCAUUAGCUGUUUUGGGGAAAAUGGGAGAAAAGCUGGAGUUAAAGCUGAAGUCGCCGGUCGGAGCCGAAGCUGCAGGCUAUCCGUGGCCCUUACCUGUAUAUGAUAAACAUCAUGAUGCUGCACAUGAAAUCAUCGAAACUAUUCGCUGGGUGUGUGAAGAGAUCCCAGAUCUUAAGCUGGCCAUGGAGAACUAUGUUCUUAUCGACUACGACACCAAGAGCUUUGAGAGUAUGCAGAGACUAUGUGAUAAGUACAACAGAGCCAUUGACAGCAUUCACCAACUGUGGAAAGGGACCACCCAACCCAUGAAACUCAACAAGCGGCCUUCCAACGGCCUGCUGCGUCACAUCCUACAGCAGGUCUACAACCACUCUGUCACCGACCCAGAGAAACUCAACAACUACGAGCCGUUCUCUCCCGAGGUGUACGGAGAGACCUCCUUCGACCUGGUAGCUCAGAUCAUUGAUGAGAUGGAGAUGAUGGAAGACGAUACCUUCGUGGAUCUGGGCAGUGGAGUUGGUCAAGUAGUCCUGCAAGUCGCUGCAGCCACCAAUUGUAAACACUACUACGGCGUGGAGAAAGCAGACACUCCAGCAACCUAUGCAGAGUCAAUGGACAAGGAGUUUAAGAGAUGGAUGAAAUGGUAUGGCAAAAAACAUGGCGAGUACACGCUGGAAAGGGGAGAUUUCCUUUCAGAAGAAUGGAGGGAACGAAUAGCCAACACAAGUGUUAUUUUUGUGAAUAACUUUGCCUUUGGUCCUGAGGUGGACCACCAGCUGAAGGAACGAUUCGCCAACAUGAAGGAAGGUGGAAAAAUUGUAUCCUCAAAACCUUUUGCACCUCUUAACUUCAGAAUAAACAGUCGAAACUUGAGUGAUAUUGGCACAAUAAUGAGAGUAGUUGAGCUGUCUCCUCUGAGGGGAUCGGUUUCGUGGACGGGGAAGCCAGUGUCGUACUAUCUGCAUACGAUAGACCGCACCAUACUUGAAAACUAUUUUUCUAGUCUCAAAAAUCCUAAACUCAGGGAGGAGCAGGAGGCAGCCAGAAGGCGCCAGCAGAAGGACAGUAAGGAGAAUAAGAGCAACACCACCACCCCGACCAAGCCCAAGGAGCACAAGGUGCAGCAUGACUUUGGUGGUGAGGAGGCGCGCUCAAACUCGCUUGUGCGAGUGAAACCGUCACCCAAACCCCGCCGGGCCAAACUGCUGCCCAGGGGCCGCAAGCUCGGCAACAGGAAGCGCGGGCGGCCUAAGAAGGCUGCCACUGCCACUGCAGCUGAGCGUAAGAACAAGAAGAGCCAGAUCGCCCUUGAUCUGCUGCACGCCAAGACCCUCUCAGCGGCCCCCCCUCAGGAUGCAUACAGGUCACCUCAGAGUCCUUUCUAUCAGCUACCUCCCAAAGUGCAGCAUUAUACAUCAAGCCAGCUUCUCAUGGGCCCCACUCCACCAGGCCUGCAGGCUCUGCUCGAUAACGUGAAAGUCCAGUACCUGCAGUUCAUGGCCUACAUGAAGACACCACAGUACCGGACCAACCUGCAGCAAGCCCUUGAGCAGGAAAAGCUGAGACACACAGAACUGUCCGGUCAAGCCCAGCAGCUGCUCAACACUUGUCACACUCAUAAGGAGAGGAUCAGAGACCUUUUCCAGUCCAAACUGGAGGAGCUGGGUGUGAAAGCGGUGACCGUGGAGGACCUGGUACAAGCUCAGAAGGAGAUCACGUCCCACAACAUGCAGCUGAGGGAGCAGACCAAACAGCUGGAGAAGGACAUGGCCGAGCUCCGCGAUCAGAGCCUGGUGCUGCUGAAGGCUCGGUGUGAGGAGCUCAAGCUGGACUGGGGAUCUCUGUGUUUGGAGACUCUGUUGAAAGAGAAAGCAGCUCUGCGAAGACAAAUCUCGGAGAAACAGCGCCACUGUCUGGAGCUCCAGGUACUCACAUGUACAUUUUUCUCAGUCAGCUCCGAGCUAAUAGGUCAUUGCUUCUUUACCAUUGUCUUGUGGGUGUUUUCUGCAAACAUUUUAGCAAUUAUUCAAGCUGUGGUUUUCUUUUGGCAGAGGAACACUCCUAGUCCAGUUUCGAAUCCUGCAGGACAGAGCAAUGGCAAGCCGCCUCUCACGCCUACCUCAGGGUAUUCCUCCAGCUCAGGGUUGGUGAAUGGCUCUCACUCCGCUAUGCUGACCGAGGACCAAGACUGUGACGCUGUGUCCCCUCCCCCUCACAGCACUCCCAUAAUGAACCUCCAGCAUCGUGGCUCUGGCCUCAGUCCUGCGCUGGGCACCGGAGGCGUGCUGCAGUACGCUGACGGCCCACCGAGGCUUCCUGAGGAUGGCCAUAGCCGGCAGAGCCCCGAAUCUGACACGGAGCCCUUGGACAGCGAGGCUCGUCGCCGUAUCUUUUUCUCCUCGUCCUCUUCUUCCUCCUCGUCUUCGUCCUCCACAGGAGGUUCAAGGCUCCACCACGGGUCGAUAAAGCAGGGUCACCAUCAUCACAGUAAGCACCACCAUCACCACCAUCAUCACUCUCCGAGCUCCCACAGCCAAGAGGGGCGGAAACGAGGGCGGCGGAAGCGCAGCUCCUCUGGGGCCAUUCCCAUUAGCGGAUCCCCCAAAAGAAGGGCAUUUCCAGGACUUGGCUGCUCAAGCCAUUCUUCUGGAUCACCGCUUAAUAUCAAUUCAAUGGUGAACAACAUAAACCAGCCUUUGGAGAUCUCCGCCAUUUCUUCCCCGGAGCAGUCAGGACGAAGCCCGUGCGGGACAGAUCUAGAUCAGCCUCCUGUGCUCAAAAGAGAGCGUCCCCUGGAGCUCAACAACACAGGGCGUUAUUCCUCAACCCCUAGUUCAGAUGAAGAGGGCACCAAUUAUGCCCCGGACACCUCUAGUUCAAGCCGAAUUGAACGCAAAAUCGCCACCAUUUGCUUAGAUCGAGACGGACCCAUGAGAGAUGUGGAAAGGAGCUUGCAAGGACGUAAAUCAGGUGCCAGUAGUGUGAGCAGUGAGGUAUCAUCUUCGUCUGGAUCCAGCAAGUGGAAAUCCACUUUCUCCCCAAUCUCGGACCCCAAGCCAACUCCUCCGGAUCACCGCCAGGGUGGCUCACCAUUCGGUGUUGGGGCUUCCCGAGGCGGUACGGACUCCGACUCGGACCAGAAACCGCAGAGGAGAGGGGAACGUGAGCGGGAGCCUUACGGGAACUCGAACCUCUUCCUCAGUCAGGAUGGUGGCGGUCGCUCAGUCGUCAGUGCAUCAGAGCGGCCCCUGCAGAGACAGAAAUCGCGGGAGUGGGACCUGAAAUCCGUAAGCGGAUUGGCCAGCCAGAACCUCUUUAUAUCCGCCGCGGCCAGUGGAGGCAUUUUGAGUGGGAAAGUGGGCGGGGCCGUCACAGUUUCCUCUGCCUCUCCAGUGGGACAGUACUUCCCCCUGGGCGGGGCUUCGGUCCUCCAGUCCUUAUUUGGAGCUCAGAUGCCCGGACCCGCCACCGGCGGAGCCCCCCGGUUGGUCAACGGACAUUCGGCGCUCAGCAGUUUCUCCAGCGCCGGGCUGGCAGGGGGCGCUGCAGGAGGGAUUUUUCACCACAUGGUGCCUUCAGUCUCCUCCCAGCAGUCUGGGGCCAAUCUCCCAGGCCCCGGGGCCCUCAGUUCCCAGCAGAGGCUUCUGGACACCAACCCCAAAACGGGGGCCUCGUUCUUGGCCUCUGGCCCCUCGCAGCACAGCCGCACACAGACAGUCCUACAUGCUCCCUCCCUCGCCCUCGCUCCGCCCCCUCCCCUCCUGAACGCGUCCUCCGCCACCCCAUCCCAACCUUCCUCCCCACGUCCCGAGCGCCACCAGUCCUCAAGGCCGCAGUCGUCCCUCCCCGCCUCCACCUCCUCCCCGUCUCUGGCUGCCACAUCUGCUUCCUCCACCUCCUCUGCUUCCUCCCGGCCCUUCACUGUGCACUAUCCCCCGCACCUGCCACCUCCACACCCUCCCAGCAGCGCAGGUUCAGGUGGGGCUGGGACGUCCUGGAGGACUCUGGGUAUGCAGGCAUCCUACACGGCCUCGCAAAUCCCCGGCAAUCGCCCCAGAUAGGACACGUCCAGGUGUAGGAGGGUGGGGGGAGGGGGCGGUUUGACGUGGAAAAUAGACUAUUGCUAGACGGACACAGGGAAGCUACUGCCAGCUAUAAUGUUAUGAGUCCC